UAUCAGCGGUCAAAUUGCGCGCACAUGGUCCUUCUCUUCCGCUUCAACAUGGCGGCAUCCAUGGCAUCCCAGGCUGUAACAAGAGGACUACGUGGAGCAAGUGCUAAGUACUUAUUUCUUGACAAAUUAAAGUGUGCACGGCUGAGUUCCAGGCGAUGGCUGAACCUGCAGGAGUACCAGAGCAAGAAGCUGAUGCAGGAGAGCGGGGUGACAGUCCAGCGCUUCUACGUGGCUGACAAUGCCCCCGACGCCCUGCAGGCCGCCAAGAGACUCAACGCCAAGGAGAUAGUCCUGAAGGCCCAGAUUCUGGCUGGGGGACGAGGGAAGGGUGUGUUCAACAGUGGCCUUAAAGGUGGAGUGCACUUAACUAAAGACCCCUCUGUGGUGGGUGAGCUGGCCAAUAAGAUGCUAGGCUAUAGCCUGACCACCAAACAGACGCCAAAGGAGGGAGUGAAAGUAAAAACGGUGAUGGUGGCUGAAGCCCUGGACAUCACCAGAGAGACCUACUUUGCCAUCCUGAUGGACCGGGCCUGCAACGGCCCCGUCAUGGUGGGCAGUCCUCAGGGUGGGAUGGACAUAGAGGAGGUGGCCGACAAAACCCCAGAACUCAUCUUUAAGGAAGUUAUAGAUAUUUUCGAGGGUGUGCGAGAUGACCAGGCGCUCCGCAUGGCAGCUAAUUUGGGUUUCAAAGGACCUCUGGAAAGACAGGCUGCAGAUCAGAUUAAGAGGCUCUAUGAUCUGUUCCUGAAAGUCGACGCCACUCAAGUUGAAGUCAAUCCUCUCGGAGAGACUCCCGAAGGACAAGUGGUGUGCUUUGAUGCCAAGAUCAACUUUGACGAUAACGCAGAGUUCCGUCAGAAAGCCGUCUUUGCCAUGGACGACAUGUCAGAGAGCGAUCCCACAGAGACAGAGGCAGCCAAAUGGGACCUCAAGUACAUUGGCUUGGAUGGAAACAUUGCCUGCUUUGUGAAUGGGGCUGGUCUGGCUAUGGCCACGUGUGACAUCAUCGACCUCCAUGGAGGGAAACCGGCCAACUUCCUAGAUCUGGGAGGAGGGGUGAAGGAGAAACAGGUUUACGAGGCUUUCAAACUGCUCACUGCUGACCCCAAGGUGGAGGCCAUCCUGGUGAACAUCUUCGGGGGCAUCGUCAACUGUGCCAUCAUUGCCAAUGGCAUCACCAAGGCUUGCCGUGAGCUGGAGCUCAAAGUGCCCCUGGUUGUCAGGCUGGAAGGGACCAAUGUGCAGGAGGCCAAGAGGAUCCUGUCAGAGAGUGGACUGCCCAUUGUAGCCGCCAAUGACCUGGAUGACGCUGCCAAGAAAGCUGUGGCCGCCAUUGCCAAGAAGUAAAGAGCCUCUGCCUUCCGUAACACUGAUCAGUCCUUUCCCCUCUCUUUGUUCUGAGCACCCUAGUUCCCCCUCACUCCACAGGGCAUGUACACCAACCCUUCAGCCCAUCACUACCUUUCACCCACCUGUGUUAUCAUUAACUGCAAUAUAUCAGGUUGAUUCAUCAUAUAGCUUUUAUCUAUUUUUCUUAUCAUAAAGGUAUAUAUUUCUAUGUGUUCUGUUGGUCUUUUUCUGUUGGUGCUCCAGUAGGGAAGUAUUUGGAGUCCUGACUCUUUAUUGUGCAUUCCAUUUUGAUAAGCUGAGAAACUUUAAUGUAUUUCUCUAGCUAUAUGAUUACCUUUUCAAAGAAGCAAGAAUAAAAUGUUAUAACAUUGGUGUUAUUGUUUUAUCAAACCAUACUAGCACAAAAGGAAUGACAAAACUAAAUGACAUGUUCCAGACUGCACUUUCAUAUGCCACUGUGAAAUCAUUACAAAUAUCCCCUUAUUCAGGAAAUGCACAGUGGUGUGUAGCUAACUUGCACACGUGGAGUAUUGGAGAGCAGCAUUUAAAGGAUUUUGUUAUUGUUUAUGUGUUGUAGUACAGUAGGUGACGUCACUGGUUUGCCUUGGUUAAAGUCCAGUUUAUUGAUGCCUUAAUCAGAGGUCCUUAGCAUGUGAAACCGCAACCUCAUACAUGAGUAUUAUGUUUGAAACAACUUGAAUGAAGUGUAAAACUUUGUUUGCGCUGUUAACUUUGUAAUUCCAGGUAUGAUUUUAAAGUAGGCCUACUACUUUAAUCUAUAUAGCAGUAUAUAACUUUGAUAAAUCAUCUGUGCCUUCUUGAUGAGGGUAAAAACGGGUUUGUGAAGCCAACCAGCCAACACACUCUGUCACAUGAAGAAUGCAUUAGAGAUAUUGUUUAAAUGAAACAUUGUAAUUAGCUUUUUAUAAUCAUGAAUGUAUGUCGAUCAGUUGAGAUUAGGUCAACUCUACAGUAUGAAUAAUUUGAGAGCUUAAUAAAGGUGACUUUCAACAA